UCUUGUGUCAAAAAAAAUAUUUUAUUAAAUUAAUAAAAAAAUAUAUAACUACAAAAAACAACAAAAAAAACGUCCUAUUUGUAGUGUUUGAUUUUGGUUUUGUACGAUUGUUAUUGUUUAUUUCUGUUAUUGUUCUUCUUGUCAUUGUUGUUGUUGCUGUUAUUAUUAUUGUUGCCAUAUAUAAUUGUAGUAGUUGUAAAUUAAUAAUACUAAUAAAGUAUUUGUUUGUGUAUUUGUGUGCCUAUAUGCCCAUUGAGUGCCUUAUAUCCUUUGAUAACAAUACUCAAGGUGUUUAUUAUGCUGGUCAAGAAUUAUCUGGCGUUGUUGAUCUUACAGUCGAUACAACAAAACGUAUUAAAGCCAUACACAUUACCGUUAACGGUUAUGCCAAGAUACGCUGGAUAAAAAAGGGCUAUCCACGUGAUAAUGAACGUGCCAUGUGUCGAGCCUAUCGUUCGUAUUUAUCAUCACGUUCAUAUGUUUUGGGCUCAUGCGGUGCAACAACUUAUAUGGAUUGGUUAGCUGGUGAAUACUCAUAUACAUUUCAUGUUAUACUGCCGGACAAUUUGCCAACAUCAUUUGAUGGGAAAUUUGGUCAAAUACAUUAUGAAAUAAUAACAACAAUAGAUAGACCAGGACGUUAUCCUAAAGUUUUUAAAUUGCCAUUUACCGUAAUACAGCCAUUAGAUUUAAAUGCCGAUGCCAUUUAUAGGGUACCUUUAGAUAUUCUCGAUCGCAAGCGAUUUUGGAGUUUUUGCUGUCCAACCGGUCCAUUAACCGUUAAAUUUUCCACUCCCUAUUGCGGCUAUGCACCGGGUCAAAAAAUCCAUUUCGUUUUGUACAUCAACAAUGAAUCCUCCAUAGAUAUAACCGAAUGUGAUGUUAAAUUAAAGCAAGAGGUCACCUAUGAGACCCAUGAUCCCCAGCAUGAAUAUCGUUAUGAUAAACAUUUGAUUGCUUGCAAACAAUUUGGCAAUGUUUUGCGCUGGAGUCGCAAAGUUUAUCGAGGCUAUUUAGAACUGCCAUCUAUACCGCCGACAUCGGUGAAAACAACAUGUCCUAUAACCGUUAAUUAUGCCAUUAAAAUAAUUAUCAAACCAACAGAGUUUCAUUGGAAAAUGAAAUUGAAAAUACCGUUGACCAUCGGUAGUAUACCAAUUAUGGAUAAUGGUGGUGGUGGCAAUGGUAUUAUUGGUGAAGGAGGUAUUAGUGCCGUUGGUAGUGGUGGAAAUGCUUUAGUUCAGUCUAACAACAAUAGUAUAAUACGUGGUCCAUUAGAUGAUGAAUCGCCACCCAUGACAACAUUAGAUGAUGUUGGCAUUUUGGCUGAAGAAGAAGAUCCAAAUCAAAAUACACCCACUAUAAUGGUGACUGAUACAACAGACAAUCCUCCAGAUUAUAUAGCUAUGAUGCCCCCCUCCUAUGAGGAUGCAAUGGCUUUAAGUGAAAAAUUCUACGAUGACACCGAGUACAUGGAAAACGUGAGCAUGUCUAGCGUAGCAACCAAUACUAAAACGGAAAAUUUUAAACCACGCUAUCCCGUCUACUAUGAUUACGAAACGCCUAUAAUACCACCCGAGACCCUUUAUGAUGCCAUACCAACACGUUACCAUCAGCAACAUCAUCAUCAUUCUAUGGUAUUGCCAACGACGGAUAUGUCAUCAUCUUCGUUAGAAUUACAUCAUGUUAAAUCAUAUAAAAAAUUUCAAUUACUGCGUUACAUAAAGAAAUAUAACUUCUCUGUUAUACAAGAUUUUCGUAAGAACUGGAAUCAAUUGUGGUCUACAGCCAUUUCAUCCUACAAAAUCGAACAACUUCAAAUGAACUCAGAAUCAUCUUUACCCGACAAUUUUCUUCCGGUUAAAGAGGAAAACGUAAAAUAUCUCUGCCAAUGGCCAUGUACAUCGGGACCACUGUGUUUUACAUUAAUGCUACCAUACUCUGGCUUCACACCCGGACAACAUAUAAAAUAUUUUCUUGAACUAGACAAUCAGUCGCCACACUAUGACAUUAUGGGCGUAGAAGCCUCACUAAAACAACACUACGUAUUUUUGGCGCGUAAACCAGUAAAACGUAAUUUCUUUACAAAAUCAUUGGCAAAGAGUUCAAUCGUUGAGCGUACAUUGCGCUUGACCAAACGUUUGUAUGAGGGUAAUGUAUAUAUACCAACCGAUACUCCAAGGUCAACUCUAAAUCUCAACUAUAUUGUGUUCAUACAUUAUACGUUACAAGUUAAACUGAAAACGGGUGCAUUUCAUCAUGAUACGGACAUUUCAGUGCCUGUGGUUAUUGGCACAGUGCCAUUGAGGCAAUACGAAGAGGAACAGAGUAUAAUGCAACGUAACUUUAAUCGUGAUUGUAAUUUGUGUAGCGGCAGUACGUUGGGUGGCAGUUUGGUAACAUCACAGCCGACUUUACGUUUGCGACAGGAAUUGGAGAAUUUAUUGGGUUCACAGGAUAUGGAGGAGGCGGAAUUAAAUCGGGCGGUAGAAAAGAUAAUGGAAGAUGAACCACCAUCAUAUGAUAGUUGUUUGCCACCUUCCUUUAGUUUUGCCACUACAUUUGGUAGUUUCAAGCAACAGGCCUUGGAAGUGGCCGAACUUAGGACUGAGGAAAAUCGUCGUAUUAAUAUACAACUGCCACAAUUUCCCGGUUAUAAUACCUUCAAUUCUCAUACUCAGGCUCCUAGUCAAUCUAAUGAUUCUUUAUUACAAUCGGAUAAUAUUUAUAAUUCAUAUGGUUCUAUAUAUACCGAUCAUACUGGUAGAUCUCUGGAUACUCUCGAUGUUUUAAGUUGUAGUGGUGCUGUUGUUGAGGAUAUGGAAGCUAACGAAUGUGAACGUAUGUCUGGUAAGCGCUCCAGUAAUAAUGAAGUUGUAGCUAGAGUUAUUGCUGCCGUUAGUGAAAAUGGUGGUCAGGCUGAUAUUGAAUCAAUUGCAGAGACUGAGGAUUAUAAUGAUAAUGAUUUAGAAUCAUUAGGAUUUUCAGAUGAAAGUGAACAGCUUGAAAUUGAGAAUUAGUAUGCUGAGAAUGGAAUUUGUAAUUAGAGUAAAAUAAAUCAGGUAUAGUUUUAUAGAUAUUCGGAAUACAAUAUAUAUUAUAAUAUAGAGUCCAAAUAACAUUAUUUGUAGAAUUAAAAUACGUCCGUCCAUAUUGUAUUUUUCUAAAAUUUUAUGUUAAAUUUGAGAAUUUGAAGAAACUAAAACGUUUAAAAUCUCUCCAUGAUUUCACGCACUAUGAAAUAACGAAAAACUUUCUUAAUGAAAAUCGAUCAAAGGUAAUGUUAUGUAGAUAUAAAGAACCCGAAAAAUAGAUGUCCUAUGUCGCCAUAAGACUUUUAUCAAAACAUGGAUCGAACAUAGUUUUUUAUAACUUCUCACAUGGCUCGAGACUACUCUGCUUAUUCUAUUAAAAUCUCUUGAAUAUACAGAAAUACAUUCUACAAUAUGGAACUUAACGACCAAUUGCAAAUAAUUAUACCCUACACCACUUUAGUGGGGAGGGUAUAUUGGUUUUGUGCUGAUGUUUGUAACAUACAAAAAUAUUCGUCCUAUACCCACCUUAAAGCAUACAAAUCGGCUU